GGAACAACUUGGCCCAUCGACAUCUUUGAUAGUACCAGGUAGUGGCACGUGUGUUUGUUUAUUAUUGUGUCUGUGUCACGGGUGCUGGUAGUAUGGAAACAGUGUGAGAAAUAAAGUGUCAUGGAACUAAUAUUUUUAGGGACUGCGUCUUGUUAUCCAACAGCAGACAGAAGCGUUUCUUGUACCCUUUUACGGUUUGAAGAUGGCAGAAUCUGGAUGUUUGAUUGUGGAGAAGGAUCCCAAGUUCAGUUACAGAAGAGCUCAGCAAAGCCAGGACGUAUAGAGAAGAUAUUCAUAACUCAUCUUCAUGGAGAUCACUUGUUUGGUCUGCCCGGCCUGCUAUGCACUCUGUCGAACAACAUGAGUGAGAGCAAGAGUGAUUUCUUGCUGGAGAUUUUUGGCCCCCAUGGAUUGAGAAGAUAUGUAAGAGAAUGCUUAAAUCUGUCAAGAUCCAUGUUGAAUUUCAGCUAUGUGGUUCACGAGUUGAUGAUAGCUCAACAUCAAUACCCUGACGAUUGGCAGGACUGGAAAGUGGACAACGAUGACAACGGAUGUCUACACCCGCAGGAGAUUGGAGGUCGAAGUAUAGUGUGUGAUGACAGUGGUGUGUGGGAAGUUUUCAGGGGGCAGAGCGCAACUGUGCUGGCGGGUGCAGCCUUGCACAGCAUCCCGUCAUUCGGAUUUGUGGUGACUGAAGUGGACAGCCCCGGACGGCUCGAUGUCGAGAAGCUGAAGCAACUCGGUGUGCCCCCUGGGCCCCUUUACGGCAGGAUCAAGGCAGGCCACAGCGUCGAAAUAAAUGGAAACACUAUAGAACCGUCAAGUGUAUUGGGACCGAAGAAAAAGGGUCGUAAGGUAACCAUUGUUGGGGACACCUGUGAUGCUUCCAGGAUGAAGAAGAUUGCUCAAAAUAGUGAUGUCGUAGUACACGAGGCGACGCUGGAAGAGGCUCUCAGGGACAAAGCCUUGGAAAAUGGCCAUUCCACCCCUGCAAUGGCUGCCCAGUUUGCAAAGGAUAUCGGAGCCAGGGUCCUCGUACUGUACCAUUACAGCCAGCGAUACCGUCAGACCGCAGAUGAUGCCGAAGGGGAUGUGGACAGCGUCGCUAAGCUGUUAGCAGAAGCCGAGGCCGCCUUGUCGGACUGCGAUUCCUGUUCAGUUAUAGCUUCAGGGGACCUCAUGGAGAUUCCUGUCAAAAGGCGAGAAUAGCUAUGAACUUCACAUCUGUCUGUUUAUUCUUUGACAGGCAGGAAGUCUGUGUGUAUUUGUAAUCAGAACUGUUGUUUUUACUAUUUGUUCAAUAGCUUUUAUGAAAUUUGACCUUGUGGCCUGAUGGUGUAAUGCAGUGUAUCAGAAUUAAUGAGAUUUUAAUAUAUAUAUUUAGAAAAAAAUUGUUCUUUAUAUCCUUGCCACUUCUUCAUUACCAGUUCCAGCAGACUGCCAGAUGUCUAAACGUCUGUGGAAUAUAAAGUGCCACAAUGACUGUUUUGAAACUUCUCAGAAGAUUAAAAACUGUGUGGUGAAUCGAGACUCUGACCUGGGAUCUUGCCUUUCACAGGCAGUGAUGUUACCGUGUGAGCUGCCUGGACACAGCUCAUGAUCUGCCCUUACAGCUCUAGUACUACCGGUGAGUUGCAGGCAGGUAGCUCAGCCGUAAGAGCAUUGCACAUGAAAGGUGAGGUCCUGGGUUUGAGUCUCAGUCCAGUGCACAGUUUUAAUUUGCCAAGACAUUUCGUGUGCUGUCAGAAUACUGAUAUCAGUUACUGUAAAUCUGUACUUAUUUAAAUACGAUCAUUUCAUUUCAUUUUACUUAUUUAAAUAGCAGUGAAGUGUUGACCCAAUAUAAAGUUCAGAACUUGUAACAGGUGUCCUCUCACUGAAUGCCUAAGACAGACUGAAGACACUGACAGUGCCAAAUUGUUAGGAUUACAGCCAAGGAUACCACAGAACUGUUGAAGUGCCCGAACAGAUCAUUUGCAGUUUGACUGUUGUCAGACACGGUGAAAUAAAAUGGAAAAUCCUAAUUUACUUUGCUUAGUUUCAUUCCAUAAUAUAAGUUUUUUGGGGUAACUCACAAGCCAAAGUAAAGUUUACUUAGUUCAAAAAUCUGUUACAUGAAUUAAUAGUGUGAACUUAAAAAUAUUCUGCAGUGACCUUCUCAAGAAGGUACUAUCUGCUGAUUCCUAAUGUAUUUAUUAAUCAAAGAGUUUUUAUCAAUAUCUGUUUAUCAAGUCAAUUGAUUAAUUAAUGGAAACAGUGAUAAAAGUAAGAGUACUCUUCCUGAAGUUUUGAACCCCAGAUAGGUCCCCAUUAUUCAGGAACAAACAUUUGCUGUAACUUGCCAGUAACCAUAAAAAGUUUAAUUACUGAUAAAGUUCAGUUAAGAAGAGCCUGGGAGAGGAGCUGAUAAUAGGAAACACAUUCUGAUCCAUUGUCAACUUUGUUAGCAGCGCCACUUGGCAUUUGUAUUGUUAAUAAUCUCAAGUAACGUUACUGUUAUGUAAAAUAUGGCUCUUGCAUACAUUUAGUGCAGCAGUGUGAUCAGUGGACGUAAGUUCUGUAAUUCGACUUUCCGUUUGGUGACAAUGGCAUAGGAAUUGCCUACCUCUGUGUAUUGUACCUUUACAUGUUUCAUGAAAAGUUUAUUACCUUUUAAAUGAAAAGAUGUAGGAUUUUUUGACUUGCUACACAUCCAAAAGGUCCAUUUCAUUUGAGAUCUGUGAAAGGGACAUUAUAUUUUUUUUUCUCAAUAUGUAUUGCAUAAUUUUGUUGCAUGACAUGUUCUGCAUCCUUGUGGAACUCAUUAUGGAUCUAUUGAACAAGGACAUCUAAUCUAAUCUUAAACACUAAAAUGUUCUUUCUAAUUCUGCAUACUGAUAUGACAAAUUACACACACACACACACACACACACACACACACACGACUUGCUAAAGUGUACGCAUUAAAGUGUGUAAGGAGUGGUAAUUUACACUGGGAAAGUCAAGUCAUUUCAAAAACUUUUUCUGGAAACACACCAUUUUUAGUUAGCAGACAAGAUUCAAAUUUCAAAGUUCUGUUGAUAAUGAUAUGUUGAAAGUUGAUGAAUACCAUCAUGUUGGUAGGAGUCGGUAGACUUCGGUCUGUUUGUGUUUUGCGCCUGGUUGCUGUCAACAUCGGGAAUCUAAUACAGAACAUUUUGUGUGUGUGUGUGUGUGUGUGUGUGUGUGUGUUUUAAGGGCUUGCCAUCUUGUUACUAUAUGCAGGCUGUAGCUCUCCUCACACCUAUGACCACCACUACACAGUUCAGGCCAUGACACUGUUGCCCAAGCAGCACCAUGUGGAGCUGGAGCUGCAUGGAGCUCUUUUGUCUGCACUUUAGUGCUCUGUUUUACUUACUUACAGCACUUACACUUAAUUUUUAAGGAAAUUUACAGGGAUUUGGAAGUAGGAAAUCAUAAAUUUAUGGUAUAAUUUAAGAAGAGAAUAAAAUAAGAUAGGGAAGAGUAGACACAGAAAUCCUUUCACCAACACCAUGUGGGGAAGGGGACUUGCUCCAGUGGCCACAUGUGAUGCUACACAUUUUAGUAUUGUCCACACAAACAUCCCUCUUUGGGAAAACUCGAUUUGUUCUGUCCAUGCGGAUCUAAUCUAUGUUGGUGUUGUUUGGUAGAGUGCUGUGUGAGUUGAUGUUUGUUACGUUGUAUUACUAUACUACUACUACUAGGGUAGUUAGCAAACAAAUUCUGUAUGGCUUUGAAACAAUAUCCUGCCUCAGUGUGAUGUAAUUAAGUUAUAUACUGUUCCUUCAUAGCUGUAGGCGAAAUAACAAGCCACCAUUGACCUAUUAUUAAUGUCGUAAAAUUAUUUUUGUUGAAUAAAACUAGACAUUUUUAAUUAGUGGACCCAUUAAUUUUGUAUGGUUGUGUAAUAUACAUUCUCUCUUUCUGUUGUGUAUUUGCUCCGUUUGAUUUUUAUUGCUUACCUUAUAUGAAACUCAUAUUACACUUGUAUUAUUAUAUGUAGAACGAUGCGUUCAUUUAUGUAAUUACUUAACAAUAUUGGGUACAGGUUUAAUGUGGAUACUAGAACAAU